AUGAGUAGUGAUGAAGUCACAGUGCGGUUGUCUUCAUUACGGACAUAUUGGAACAGAUUCGAAAAUGCUCAAUCUGAACUUGAAUCUUUAGUUGAUGAAGAAGAUAUUGAGCAAUUAGCAACUAGUAGAAGUGAAGUUGAAGAGCUGUACAUUACAACCGAAGUGGUGUUGAGAAACAAACUGCAAUCCCCAACCACAGUUACGAAUCAGUCUUCGGUUGGUCACUUAGCCAGGGUCUGCAUGGCAAAGAACAGAGCUAGGCAUAUCAACCAGAUCGAGGACAGUGAAAACGUAAGUGAUAUUGACCAUGCAACGUACGACACAUAUAAGAUACAAAUGAAUGGUUCUGACAAGUUCAUGGUUGAAGUUACAUUAGAAGGAAAGCCAAUUCAAAUGGAAUUGGACACAGGAGCAGCUUUAUCGUCGAUAUCAUACAAGGAUUAUAAGAAACUAAAUUUGAGUAAAAAACUAUUUCAAACUCACGUACAACUAAGAACUUACACGGGCGAACUUAUAAAACCAAAGGGGGUAGUGUAUGUUGAGUUUAGCUUCAAAGACAAAGCAUACUUUGGCAAGCUGUAUGUAAUUGGACAAAAUGUUGAACCUAUUUUCGGAAGAGAGUGGCUUAGGGAGAUUAACUUAAAAAUUGGAGAUAUCAGAACUAUUCAAGAAAACUCGUGUGAUCUUUCUAAACUCCUUAUAGAAUUCUCUGAUGUUUUCAAAAAGGAAAUUGGAUGUAUUCCGAACGAGAAGGUUCAUUUAUCCCUUCAAGAAGGUUGCCAGCCCAUUUUCAUCAAACCCAGACAAGUUCCAUACUCACUUAAAGGAAAAGUAGAAGACAAACUCAAUCGACUAGAGAAUGCCGGUAUAAUCACUAAGGUGAACAAUGCUCAGUGGGGAACGCCAAUUGUCCCAGUGGUUAAACCCAAUGGAUCUGUAAGAAUAUGUGCAGACUAUAAAACUACACUGAAUAAAGUGAUACAAGACGACAAACAUCCAAUACCUAGGAUAGAGGACAUUUUUGCGGAAAUGAAUGGAGGGAAGCUAUUUUGUACAUUGGACAUAAGCAAUGCUUACCUGCACAUGCAAAUGGAUGAGGAAAGUUCAAAUAUGCAAACUAUAAGUACUGAAAAAGGUCUUUACAAAGUCAACAGGAUGAUGUUUGGGAAAAGGAUUGCUUACUUAGGUCAUACAAUUGAUGAAAAUGGACUUCAAAAGGGGUCUGAAAAGGUAAAAGCAAUUGUUGAAGCAAAGCGACCUCGUGAUGUCAACCAAUUACGUUCUUUCAUAGGUUUGGCAAACUACUACAAUAAGUUCAUACCCAAACUGGCAGAGAAACUAAACCCUUUGAACAAACUCUUACAGAAGGGCAAGAAAUUCGAAUGGACUGAUGAAUGUGAAAGAAGUUUUGAAUCUGUUAAAUUGGACAUUGCCAAAGAUGAAACUCUAAUCCAUUACAAUCCGUCAUUACCCUUAAUACUGUCACCAGAUGCAUCACCAACUGGCUUAGGAGCUGUAAUUUCACACCAUCUAAAAGAUGGAACAGAAAAGCCAAUUGCCUUUGCAUCUAGGUCACUAAGUAAAAGUGAGAAUCAAUACAGUCAAAUUGACAAAGAAGCGACUGCCAUUUAUUGGGGUGUGAAAAAGUUCUUUCCAUACUGCUAUGGCAGGAAAUUCAUUCUUGUCACAGACCACAAACCUCUUGUAUCUAUUUUUCAUCCUUCAAAAUCCCUACCUGCAAUGUCAGCUACACGUUUGUUAAAUUACGCUCUUUUCCUUGCUGGUUUUGACUAUAAAAUAGAAUACAGAAAAACUUCAGACCACUCCAAUGCAGAUUUUCUUUCAAGAUUCCCAGUAGAAAAGUUAGAAGAAGGUGAAGAUCUCUAUUCAAAAUUUCAGAUGAAUCAAAUAUCUAUGCUGCCACUUACCAAAGAGACAAUUGCAGAACAUACAAAGAAGGAUACAUUUUUCUCUAAAGUCAAGACAGCCCUUGAAAAUGGAGAUGAUCUUGAGACAAUGGGAUUAAACAACAACGAGUACACAUUACACAAAGGAUGUGUUUUUCGAGGUAUAAGGGUUGUGAUACCUUCAACUCUUCAGAAAGAAGUACUCAAAGAACUACACGUGGGCCACCUUGGGAUGACAAAAAUGAAAGCAAUGGCCAGAAGCUAUUUGUACUGGAAGAAUGUGGACAGAGACAUUGAAGAGUUGGUCAGAAACUGUAAGAUAUGUUCCCAGAAGAGAAAUGAACCUCCAAAAGAUAGGAAUCACCCUUGGGAAGAACCAUCUGGACCAUGGGAGAGAAUACACUUAGAUUUCCUUGGGCCCAUGAAUGGAAAUUACUUCCUAGUCAUCAUUGAUGCUCAUACUAAAUGGCUAGAAAUAUUGCAUACAAAAUCGACUACAGCAGAGUGGUGUAUCAAAAAGUUACAACAUCUAUUUACAACGUUCGGUCUUCCAGUGACAGUCGUUACAGACAACGGGACACAAUUCACCAGCACAGCUUUUCAAAACUAUUUGAAAGAAAAUGGAAUUUGUCAUAGAACAUGCGCACCAUUUCAUCCUUCUAGCAAUGGACAAGCAGAAAGAUUCGUACAAACAGUGAAGAAGGGGCUAAAUUCAAUGGUGGGGGAGAGAGGUGACAUACAAACAAAGAUCGACGCAUUAGUCACACAGCUGAGGAAGGCACCAAGCUCUACAACUGGAAUGUCUGCAUACAAGAUGAUGUUUGGCAGAGACAUCAGGACUAAACUAAACGUCAUGUCAGAUAAAACAGAAAGGUUUAGCGUCAAAGAACAAAGGAAGAUUGGAAGACAGUUCAGUGUGGGACAAAAGGUGCAAGCAAGGAACUAUGCAUCCAAAGAAAAGUGGAGGUUAGGAGAGAUCAUCAGUCGAGUGGGCAACGUCAUGUACAGAAUAAAAAUGGACAAUGGAUUGAUAUGGACCAGACACACUGACCAGAUCCUUCCUAAGAAUUAA